GCGGAAGUGGACGAAGAAGUACGCGAGGUCGUUCUCCGUCAGCAACGAGACCUUCACACAUUUCACAAUAAUGGACAACUCUCAGGGUUCGGGGGGACUGAAAGCAAGUCUCGGGGGUCUUUUUGGAGGUGGCGCCCCUGAAUACUCCAACACAGAGCUCGCCGGCGUCCCACUGACUGGAAUGAGCCCCCUGUCUCCUUAUCUGAAUGUGGAUCCCCGAUAUCUGACUCAAGAUGCCGACGAGUUCAUCCAGCUCACUGGAACCAGUAAGACCAGAGGAAGGUUUGAAUUGGCCUUCUUCACCAUCGGAGGCUCCUGCAUGACUGGUGCAGCAUUUGGAGCUUUAAAUGGUCUCAGAAUGGGCUUCAAAGAGACAAGAGACAUGGCCUGGUCCAAACCUCGCAAUGUUCAGAUUCUCAACAUGGUGACCAGGCAAGGUGCAUCAUGGGCAAACACUCUGGGGUCUGUCGCUUUGUUAUACAGUGUGUUUGGCGUGGUGUUGGAGAAGGCCAGAGGGGAAGAGGACGCCAUUAACACCAUCACUGCUGGGACGUUAACCGGAAUGCUCUUCAAAUCAGCAGGUGGCCUUAAAGGCGUAGCCCGGGGGGGCCUCGCUGGCCUAGCCUUGUCUGGUGCCUACACUCUCUACAAUGCUUGGGAUCAGAUCACUGGUACUUCGUCGCCCAGGCCGUACUGAUCCUGCCCCUUUACCCCUGCUUUCUCAUUCGGGCCAAACAUCUCCGGGACACAGCCUUGAAUCUCACAACCAGGACUGUACUGACAGGCGUUGGAGCUGCUCUCCUGGCUAUCCAGGAAUCCACCUGGAGAAAGGAAAUCUUGGACUAUAAAUGUCUGGAGUUCCAGCUGCACCCUUCACUUGAUCUCCUGAGGUUUUCCUGUCGCUGAUCAAGUAGAUCAUUGAUGAGAAGUACCAUGAAUAUCAAUUCAGAACGGGUGCCAUUUCUUGUGUUGGUGUGGUUUGUCAUGUUUUAUAUUUUUGUUUUCCUCUGAGACUGAGAGAUUUUCUACAGUAGAACUACAAGUCAGGGAUGAUUUGUGAAGAUGGAAUCCAGCCUGAUGGUCAGUUUUACUCUUGUAUUUAUUGAAAAGUGCAGACCAUGCUAUAAAGCCCACCAUACUGUACGCUGAAUAAA